AUUUUUUUAUGUUAUCGCGUCAAGUAACGUCAAGUAAAAGCACUUGAUAGUAUCAAAUUUCGUCAGUCUAAGAACUCUAUUGUAUAAGACACAGUUACAACUUUACUGAACAAGUUGCCGCAAUGUUCAAACUAAGUUUCUUGUUGGUUUUUGUAGUUUUGGCCUCACAGGUCCACUCUAGCGUGGUCAAAACUCCUCGUGAUCUUGUAGAUCAAAUUGAAGAGGAACUAAAUCAACUUUCAAGCAUCGUCCAAGGCGCAAUUCUCGUCGCCCAUAAUGAUCUAUCAAAUUUAGAGUACGAUUUUCUUAACUAUGGCAAUAAUGUUAUGUUGGAAGCCGGUAUUUCAAUCGAUCAAGAAAAGCAAAGUAUUGAUACUCAGUUAACCACGAUUACCGACAUGGCGAAUUCUGUAAAUGCAGAUAUUUCUCCUUGUACGGACAUUCGUCAAGAGCUUCUAGAAAGACUCCCGGCGGAAUACACCAACCAAUUGAAAACUUGUAUUUUUGACAAAAACAAGCAAGAAGCUGGUUUGGUAUCCGAUGCUAAAUAUGUCGUCGAUGUGGUUAUUAACAAGGUUCAUAAUCUUGAAUUUCAAGUACGUCAGUGCAAGGAAAGUAUUCUGUGUCUUCAACCGAUCCUUACUGAAAUUGAAUUGGAUAAGAUUCGGCUUCCACAGACGAUUAAUACCGAAGUACUUUCAGUAGAUACGUUUUUGACCUCAUUGAAGCUGUCUGUUGUACAAUGUUCAGAGUCAUCGGUGUCUCAGUACAUAGCCGACGCCACUACCAUUCUUCAACAAAUUAUCGAUUGCGUAAAUAGAAUAAUAGGAUAAAGUUCAACUGUAAUAAAACGGCAAUAAAGUUUAAUUACUAUUUGA